ACAAAAGUGGAUUUGUUUAGGCCGCUACAUCCAUCCAGGGCGAGUGAGGGUCAUGUAAUUAUGUCCUCUCUCUAUUCUUAGGCACUUUCCUAUUUCUUUCUCAUUCCUCUGUAUAAAUAAAAACACAUUGUUCAUUCAUCAAGUUUGUGCCGUGAGAGAAGAAGGGAGAGAAAAGAAAAUGGGUAGAGGAGAAGAUCGAGAAGGGGUCGCAGCAGCCGGGGGCUUUUUCUGGUCCUACACCGACGAACCCCAUGCCACACGACGUCGUCUGAUCCUCUCCAAAUACCCUCAAAUCAAACAACUCUUUGGCCCCGACCACUCCGCUUUUUUCAAGAUUAGUGGAGUUGUUUUGCUUCAGCUUGGUACUGGUGCUUUACUCCAUGAUGCUGGCUGGCUGAAGAUUUUUUUAGUAGCAUACUUUUUUGGUUCAUUUCUCAACCAAAACCUCUUUUUGGCUAUCCAUGAGUUGAGUCACAACCUGGCCUUCUCAACUCCAGUCUACAACCGUUGGUUAGGGAUUUUUGCCAACCUCCCUGUAGGUGUGCCCAUGUCUGUUACCUUCCAAAAGUAUCACUUGGAGCACCACCGCUUCCAAGGUGUAGAUGGCAUUGAUAUGGAUGUCCCUAGCCUCACUGAAGUCCGUCUUGUGAAAAAUAUGAUUGCAAAAACCAUUUGGGUCUUUUUACAGCUCUUCUUUUAUGCAUUUAGACCUCUCUUUCUUAAGCCAAAACCUCCUGGCAUUUGGGAAUUCAUCAACUUCUCUGUUCAGAUAGCACUUGAUGUGUCGAUGGUUUACUUUUUUGGCUGGAAAGCCCUUGCCUAUUUGAUACUUUCCUCAUUUCUUGGUGGUGGGAUGCAUCCAAUGGCUGCUCACUUCAUUUCAGAGCAUUAUGUGUUCAAUCCUGACCAGGAGACUUAUUCUUACUAUGGACCUCUGAAUUAUCUAGCUUGGCAUGUGGGAUACCAUAAUGAACACCAUGAUUUCCCAAGAAUUCCUGGAAACAAGCUUUACAAGGUGAAGGAGAUUGCUCCGGAGUUUUAUGAUAGUUUAGCAUCCUACAGAUCUUGGAGCCAGAUCAUUUACAUGUACAUUAUGGAUCGAACAGUUGGACCUUUUAGCCGAAUGAAGAGAAAAUCCAGUAAAGCCGAAUAGAUGUUCUAAUACACAUCAUUCAUCCCCCCUCCCCCUUUUGAUGUCUCCUAUUUUGGACAAUUUUUAUGUGCAACAGAAGAAUGUAAUGUAGUUUUUGACCCAAAUAGCAAGUCAUUUGUUCAUUAGCCAACAUUUUGUGCAAAAUAUUUUUGGUUUUGGGGAUUCCUCCUUCAA